ACGUGUAUACAUACAUAACUAUCCCUUCCCUCUUCCCGUGUCCUAAACUUCGACACAAACAUUGAGUAGCAAGCCUCUAUACCUUGCUCUAUAUCACUACCUAUCUGUUUGAUAGUCUUGGCACCCUUGGUCUAAAUACUCCGGCCUGGCGUCUUAGUGUCGCACAUUACACACGCCACCAACCGUACUGCAGUUCCACAUCGACUUCGUCAUGAAGGCCUCACAGUUCCUCGCCUACCUAUUGGCAUCGCAAGCAGUCAGCGCCGCUUCAAUACCUGAAUUUAGCAAUGCGCUCAACGUCCUCGAAGAGCGCCGCGUCGUUCCUGCAUCGGAAGUCGUCUCCCCAGACCACACGCUAGAGCGCCGCAAGGGCGGUGGUGGACGUGGCGGGGGCAGUAGUGGAGGCAGCAGCGGGGGCAGCAGCAGCGGUGGCAGUGGUAGCAGUAGUGGCGGAGGCCGAGGUAGUAGCAGCAGCAGCGGCAGCGGCAGCAGUGGACGAACCUCUCCCACAUCCAACACCGGUGGCUCUACAAGGGGAGGCUCAGGCGCAUCACGCUCUUACGGUGGAGGACGAUACUACGGUGGUGGCGCUGCAGUACCUUAUUCAGCCGGAAAGAAGACUCCAAAGGGUCUUUCACCCGGCCUCUUGCUCGCGCCCGCCGCAGUCCUCCUCAUCAUGCCCGGUCUCUGGCUGUACAGCGUCUACCCAUACUACUACAACAACCCCUACCGCUUCUACAACCAAUCCGCUACCAAUGAUGACAACGACAACGACAGAAGGAGAUCGCUCUGGGCCCGCCAGACACAGGGCCGCAAUGAGACGCUGCCUGUUAUGUGUCUCUGCCAGGAGUUCAGCGUUUGCGGCUGCGACGAAAACGACGACCAGCAGUAUCUCGAUGGUCUGGUUGGCAAUGGUAGCUACGCCGCGCUCAACAAGUCGCUAAUCACCGUUUCCGAUGUCAAUGGCACUAAGACUCUUGUCCUCAACGGCACCUUGCCCAAUGGCACCACGGCGCCUGGCGGUGAGGGUGCAGCUGCUAGCUUGACAGCUGGCAACCUUGCUGGCUACUACGCUGUUGCUCUACUUGUCGUUGCUGGUGUCAUGUUGUAGAAAUGGAUAUCCCAUUGCGCAUCCGCCAUUACAGUGCCCUUUCAUAUCCUUUGCUUGUUUUCUUUAUUUCGUGUCAUGACCGACACCCCCCCUGUACUUUUACAACGAAGUUACGAUUCUCUGAACGCUAUAGGAGCGUUGUUUUUGAGCCCAAACGACAUUUGGUCUCGGCUGGUUAGUCCAUGGGAUCCGGGGUCCAUAAAUCGGCUUGAAUUAUACCCUCAUGCUGCGUUAUUUUUCUUACUUUUUGCUUGAAUUGAUACGGUGGAGAUAUUAGAUUAUUCUUGAAUAGGAUCAGUACACAAACUGUCAUU